AUGACAAACGCAAAAAUCACUGCUAUGAGCGCAACCAUGCAGGCUGUGAUAGCGGCGAUGAACAUCCGCGCUACUGGGUAUUUACCCUUGGUGAGAGCGUCUUGUAUUGAAAAGAAUCUCGUCGCGCCAAUAAGGAGCAGUACCAGUGAUAGAGAGAUAGCGGUUGCCCCCAAAGGACGAGCAUAUCUCUGGGUCGCAGCGGAGGAUAGAGGGGAAUCUGGGGAUUUACUGGAAGAGACAGCGAAGAGCUGGACGAUGGCGACACCCACGGAAGUGACGACGAGAGAGCCUCAUCCUCAUAGUUUCCAGAAGACAUACGGAUCACGAAGCAAUGAAUCCCGAAAGCUUCUCGCCCAUGUAUUGCGCCAGCUCGCCAAUAGAGUCAUGCCUCCCAGCGUUUAUGACAUCGCCACCGCGACAGACCAGAUCGGAGAGAAAGGGUUAAGCAGACUUCUUAAGGGUGGCGUAAAACUCGGCUCUGGAAAGCCCCAGGGUAGUAGGGUUCCAGGGGACGAAGAUGAAAAUGCCGAGGUGGACAGGGAUUUCACCCCAGACGCGACAUUUGAUAUUAUGUCCCAGUUGAAGGACGUAUUAAUGAUUUCCGUCCUCCGAGGAUGGCAGAUAUUUGACGAAGGGAGCACAGAUGUCAAAGCUGAACGUCAGCACAGUGGGAAAAGCUCUUCGCCGUUUCGAAGGUCAAUAAAUACCUUAAAUCCCAGCGGGAAACGCUCUAGGUCACCAUCCCCGGCGUCUCCAGCUGCUAAUUUCGGAGGCCAGGUCCGUUCGACUGAAUUGCUUUCUCAAUGCAUAUCUAUCCUCUCUUUCCGUGCCUUUCCAAGACCGUCGCGUCCCCCGAAUGCUCUCCAGGCCCUCACCUUGAAAGUUGCCCAGUUCCUCUUACAUGUCCAUCGUCGUAACCCUAAAGUCGUAUCACAAAUAGGAUUUGCCCUUAUCCCCGCCUUCUACACGUUUCCACCCGAGAUGUAUGCGCGUCUGCUGGCAUUUUUUGAAGAAUGUAUCAUACGUGGCAUUUUAGAUGACUUGCGUGAAGUCCAAGGACUUCAGGAUGAAAUAUCUUUCCACGCUCCAGAAGCUUUCGAUGAAUCUUUGGAAGCCCCGAUGGUCUCUAUCAGAGUGGAUGUAGCAGAGGAUGAAAGUGAUAUGUCGCAUCAUACGAAGCCGAAGUGGGCUCCUUGGACAGACACCGUAUCGCCCCGCGUCCUUAGCAUCUUGUCUACGAACGCGCCUCUACAGCCGCCCUCAGUUUACUUCUUGGCAUCAAUGACUCCCCCCCUCUUGGCCGCAAUAUUGGACAAUAUCACUUUGUUGCUUAUCACUCUCCGAAAUCCAGACACGCCCGCCGCAAGUAUGCUAUCCGCAUUCUGGCCGAAAGGAAUGGGUCACGUCAUAAUCAGUAGGCCGCUUGCAAGUUCUGCAUAUCUGGCCAACUCUCCAUCUAUGAGAGACUUGCUUCAAGACCAUCCUUAUGACCACCAGUUCUUGCCGUGGCGUUUCAUCCCCAGCCCCCGAUAUCCCCAUAAUGACUGCCGUUCUUGCAGUAGUCCGAUUGACGGAUUCGGACUCUUGUGCCCCUUCUGUACUUGUGCCGUUCAUUUCGAUUGCUACGAUCAUCUAAAUGGAUGCCAUCUUGCCAAAUACUCCCACAACAAGGUGGCAUUGUAUCGUUUCUCAUACCUGUCAUCAAACAGACGAGAUCACGGUGUUUGGACGCUUCGAAAGCGUGGUCACACAUUUCGAUAUCAGCCUAUGUGGGGAUGUACCUCUUGUCUUCAAUUCGUCCACGUUCGUUGGUGUCAUUAUCAUGAGUAUGACUCAAGCCACAUGAUAAUUGAGUGGAACACACUCCGGCAGACCUGUAUCGACUUUUACGAAGAUAUACUUUCGUUUUUUGAGGAAGCAUCCAUCAUGGCCUCCCUGUUGAAUAAUGGUGUUGCCCUCGGAUCCAUUCUCAUCACUCACAAUGUAGCCGAAUUUGAACUCCAUCGCGUCCUACAGGCGUGCGAAGAUCUGAUAUCACAAGAGGACUAUCUGCAAGGCAAUGGCAUGCAGCGAUCUGAACAUCCAAUCUGUUCGAUUGAGUCACCAGACCAUCCAUUUGAGAUGCUACCCUUAUCGCACCUGCGGGAUGUUCUCGGAAGAGACUUCGAUCUACACUCAGACGCAAUAGCCAAGUAUCUGUUGUCAUACCUCCAUCACCUAGGACAUCCGACCCUCUUCGAUGAUAAUCCAAACGUGAAUAGCAUCUCGUCAUGUCUUUCAGAUUUGGAUCUAUCUGUUAACGAGACGGGUUUCCUUCUCCUCAGCAGGCGUCUCUGGCCCAAUGGCAUGGCGUCAGAGUAUGCGGUAAGGCGGUUGACACAGGCUAUCAUUUCAUGGGUCUUCGCCGAGGAUGACAAUCUUGCUAUGAUACUUCGUGACUAUGUCGCGAAGCAGCAAAGCCUUCCUGGUGUUCGAAUGGCGGACGAUGUCAACCCUUGGCCUGAGGCUCGGACUCUGCGGCAUGUCCCCCCAAGUUCUAUCCAUAACGGUGGUGACUACGUAACGGCUAGGCGGCUGGCACAAACAUCUCCUUCUGCUGACCAAUUGGCCGCUCCUUCCCCUGAUUUCCCGUCACCGAAAUCAGCAGAUGUCGUUACGCACAACUUUGAUGCUCAAUAUUUCGACAGAUUGCUCCGUCUUAUCAUCCGUCUUUCUCAAAAUUUGGUGACUUUCACAAUUUUUGACGAUUUAUUUGUGCGUUGGUUAGAGGCGGUAUCAGCUUCAGAUCGUUUCGAAGAGCCUAUACCCUCACUCAGCCGUCUGUUCGCACGAGAUGUCCAGGAGUCAACUUCAAGAGCGAGUGUAUUCGAUUCUACAGCGGGUCAAGAUAGUAAUGAUGCUACUAUAGACCCCUGGCGCCGGGUCAUCAGUGUUUCCACUGAGAACAAAGCCGGUCUUUUACGCAGUCUGCGGUGGAUAUACGUCUUUGCACGAUCGGGUGUCGACGUACCUAUCCAGACGUAUUUUCACUUUACCACUUUGAUGGAAAAGUUCCAGACGACAGUUACCGAGUCACUUUUGUUCGUCAAGACCGUAAUGUCAUCGACGUGGCAAAGGCCAACAAGCCGCUUUGAAAUCCAAGAUAUGUUUGGCAAACUCCAUACUCGCCUUAUGCCGGAGGUUUUGCAGACUCUUUCUGGUGGAACACAUAUCAAAGACGUGCUUGAUUUCAUUCGUCAGACAUUAGCUACAUGUUUGCUGCUGUAUGGCUGCAACCGAACCAAGGUCGUGGAAAUGGAAAUGAUCUACAAUGACGAAGUCAAAGACUUGCCUUCUAGGCGCAAGAUCAACGUCCGCAGCUCGAUAGUUUCCGAUCCUAUCAUCGUGCCUUCGAAUUUCAUGGCCGCUGUUAAUCGAUACAUGAGUGCCGACGUUGAUGACGUUUCUUGCCUGAUAGCGAAGUUUUUCCACAUGUUUCUUAUGCGCUCACCGUAUCUUGAACCUCAUGAAGUAGACAAUUUUAUCCUCAAGAAUGGGAACAUGCUAUGCAAUUGCGCCUGGCAGUUAUAUGGAAUCCGUCGAUCCGAAAUCUCUGCGUUCAGAGCGCCAUUUCUUUUGCGAACUUUAGUUGUAGAUACCCAACCAUUCCAGCAUACCUUGAGGAGGGUCUUCAGCGCCGAGGAUGAUUGGGAGCUUAGGUUUUAUUCUUCCUCUUCCCUGUGUGACAUCCUGACCCAUACAUGCACUUCCCAGGUCGAGGGCAGGCAAUGGAAGUCGAGCGUUAGCGACGUGUUCUACUACUUUUUUACUUCUCUUUGGGCAGACAAAAAAGAGGAAAUCCGACUCUCAGUUGAUACCUUGGUUUCAAACAUGCUCGCGGUGCAUUUUAAUGCGAUAUCCUCCUGUUGGGAUGAAGUUCUGUCCAAGUCACCAAUCGAAGAACGUGUCAAACUGGUGUCAUUCCUGAUACAGCUGCGAUCGCAUUUCCCCACCUGGAAAGUGGUGUCUUGGGAGGUCAUCAUCGAAAUACUUCUCGAAGACCAAUAUGAUGAAAAAGAAAGCGGCGAUGGGCCAGCUGCUGCGCACCUGGCAGAUCCAUCAGAUACGGCACUUCUUCGUGCCUCUAUCUUGCAUCUGAGUCUCAGCAUGAUUGCAGGAGGUAUCAAGAUAGAGUAUAACGAUGUGCUUCGGAUCAAGCACCACUUAGUCAGAGCCUUCGGGUUUGAUAAGGUCUCAUUGGCGCCUGCAGCGAAUGGGCAUACCUUCUUCGUCGAGUUUGGCGAAGCUGAAGAGAUACCAGAGCUCGCAUAUCCUUGUGUGACGGAGCUGACUGUGGUUCUGGACGCUCAUCAUAUCCUAAAUUUGAACUCACUUAGUACGGGGAUACAAGAAGGUGCUGAUAGCACCACUCCUCUACUAAUCGGUGCUCCAUAUGUAGAUGUCUGUUUGGGUCUAUUCUGCACGGUUAGAGAUCUACAAUCAUUACCGGUUCUGGUCCUCAAGAGCAUGAUUGAAGCCCUAGGCAUCGUCAUUUACAAACAUAACUUCGAGAAGGUCUACCUCCGACAUUUGCAGCAGACUCUGCGGAGGGCAGUCUCGCGUGCUUUGGAACUUCUUCUUCUGGAUAUCAAUUACGAAUGCCGACAAUUGGCGCUCUCUGUUGUCCAAGCAUAUAUUAAGCGAUGGCAUGGAUCUAUCCGUUCUUUUGUUCAUUUUGCAAUCGAACAGGUCGCCAAACUCAUUGCUUCGCAGAGCCAUCUUUCUCAAGAUGCCUUGGUGGCUCAGGGCAAAGCUUUCAUCGAAUCCACCCUUGUAACAUAUUGCAACAAUGGAAUAUUUACUGGACUCAUCCGACGCGAUCUGGACCCUGAAGUCUUCGUCAUUCUGAAGCAGGUUGCCGAUGCGAAUGCCAAGGCCUCGCCUAAACCUAUUUCUGAUCUGCGUGAAUCCUUACUGCGGGAUACCCUUCCCAGGGCCGUAGAGACGGACCAAGCUGCUUUCCAGGCUUUGUUAAAGAACUUACAGAGCUUCAUAGAGGUGGUAUACCAUCAAGGAUACUCACUUGAUUUGAUUUCAGAGUGGGCUUCUAAUGCCAUCAAUCCUUCCCCCCUGCUCUCUAUCGCAACCAUACUGAUUCAACACAACAAAUCCCAAAGUCGGGACAUGCUGACAUAUACGGAUGCCAUUCUCCGAAUCACACUGACUAGGUUGGCUGUCGAUAAAACCUGUCUUUCUAAACUCAUCCAAGUCACUGCCACCCUCUAUCGGAAAACGCAAUCAACAGACUCUGUGCCCUCUAACGCAAUUAUUGCCGUUGUCCUUGAAUUGUUGUCUGACGGGCUCCGCAUGAAGGUCCGUGUUCUGCCGAUAACGUUGAAGGCAAUGCUUGAAGCUGUAAUGACGACGGAGAUCGGAGGGCAUACAACUCCCGCUGUUCUGUAUCAUCAACAGUUUGCAAGUAUAGCUGAUAAUGGGUUCCACUUCCUCCAGAACCACGUGUGGACAGAUGUGCGCUCCGAUAGUGACUAUUCGGCGUCUCUGACAGUAGGAAAAUUCAUCCUACAAGCAGCUACCUACGAUCCCAGUGUUAUGUCCAGAGUUAUUGAACAAACUGUUGAGCGUUCUUCACGACAUUAUAUGACCAUCCGAGCGUGGAAUAUGCUCGUUUUAUCUGCACUAAUGGAUCCAUCUGAAAGUUGGAUCACGCUCAUGUAUAUGCAGCUUCCAACAUUCUCUUCUGCAUACCAGGCUACUCUUAGAGAAUACCUCCAAGCCGGUACAAGCCCCCCGGAAUCUGCAAUAACGGACAUCAAUCAUGCAUACGUGGCCAUCAAAUUAUGGCUUAUGCUGGCGCAGAAACGAGCUGUAAAAGAGGACGGAGGUUCUAUAUCCGCGUUCAUGGUUUGGAACGAACUAUGGCCUCCGUUCGAGAGUCUUGUCAAUGUCUUUGAAGCAGAAGUGCAAGUGGGCUUGUCAAUGACGCUGGCCAUGCUGACCUGGUCGACAGUUGCUGAGCUGUUUCUUUUCAUUCGAGCACUGCAUAGCCCUGUGGCUUCAGAGUCGGCAUCACACAUUGGCCUGGUAAAGCGAUUGAAGAACCUUGGCCGCGGGGAAGCGCAUACGUCCAAACUAUCACGAGCACUGCGCAAUAUGUCCGAACCACCUCCUGAAAUUCCUAUAGGUAGUCAUAUCAAUCAGGCGGCGAAGGAUCUCAUCGCGGCGGAGAAACUGAGGAUCUUAGAGGCAAGGAGAGAACCAAGAUCAGGUAGAAGUGCGACAUAG